CGCAGAGUAUACUGACGAUCAGACACUCGUCAGUGGGAAACAGCCGCCUAUUGUGUCCCCCACGCUGCAGUGGGAGGGGGGGGGGGCGGCAUUCACCAUCACGCCCGAAGGGGAGAAGCUGAGAAGUAUCCACCAAUUAGCUGAGGAUCAUUUACAUCUUCUUGUGAGGUUGCUGCUGCUGAUGCAGACCUGUCUCUGACAUCCUGGGAUGCUGGCCAUGGUUUGGACUUCUUUGCUCCAACAUUUGUGGAUUUCUCAAAUUGACUCAGUGGCAGAAGACAGGAGGACAAAAAUGGACUUAAUUUUUCCUUUUGGAAUCUGAAGGGAGAUUAACUUUACCAGGUGCACACGUGGUUAUUUUACUCUUUAUUUCUUUUGUGCACUUCCUAAAGCAAACAAGGGCAGAUGCCGGACUGCAGUAAUUCUAUCUAUGGGAAUUAAGCUGCAAAAGCGGAGGUAGUUCUGACAUUGUUGCAUGUUCUGUCUUCACUUUGACUCAGGUUGUCAUGCUCCUCUUGGAGCUUCAUUGAGCGCUGACAGUUUUUCCCGUGCUCUUGCAUGCAUGUCACCGACGGUGCGCAUGUGUUAGGCUUCGGGAUUACAGCGCCUCCGGAAAGGAUACAGGUGUAGUGAAGCCUUGAUCAAGGAUUAGCUUCUGUAAUAGCUUGUCACUGGAAGCCCGCGGUGCCGCGGACGCUUCACAUACGGCUCAAGCUGUGACUGCAUUGACACUUGCUGCUGGAGGAUUAUAGAUAAAAGGUUAAACCAACAUGAUUAGACUCAGAGGGCAGAAAGACGGCAGGGAAAGUUAUGUUGAGCUUUCUUUUAAUUCAGAUCCUCCUUGUGGAAUCCAAGCUGAGGGUAAUAUCAGUGAGGACAGUUAAACAUAACAGAGCAGAAAGCAAAGAAUGAAACAUUCAUGAAACUUGUGGAAAUCUUGACCUCUCUAAUAGUCAAGCACAAAAUCCAAUCAGACCAGAUAUUGAUUUCUCUGGUGAGAUAGAAUACUUUAUUGACUCAUUUGUCAUCUCAAGAGGUCACUAACUUCAUUUUAAAGUGUCAUUCAGCCGUGCCCUGCAGCAGGAAGCUCAGCUCAUCCAAGCAGUAGCUUGGUAGUUUUCAUGAUAUCUGACAACAGAUAUGAUCAAUCUGAUGAUUUUAUUCACAACGGUGAGUGCUCGCAAGAGAUGAAGCCAUUUGAAGCGAGCAUGAUAUUUCAAUAUUUCAUUGAAAGGCCAAAGAAAAGGGAAAAAAGUACAUUUAUCUAACCAUCCACUUCCAGAAGCACGAAGGAGUGACGGGAUGGUAGUAAAACCUGAAGGCAGAGCACAGCAAGCGUGCUGUCAAAUCACCUUUGUCAAGACACAGGAUUAGAAAGGGAUGUGUCUGAAAGGAGCACAAACUUUUUCAAACAGAAGACUACACCCACAAUGGACGAAUACGAGUGACGUGUUUUGCCCAGAACACAAAUGGUCUGACUUCUGAACAAAGCACAAGCAAAUGGUACCCAGCACACUGCGAUUUCGGCAGGGAUGAGUUGUAUGUGAAGCUGAGGAAGAGGAGUGUUACAACACGGCAGAAGAGGGUGGGGCAUCCCACUGACACAGACAAAGACCUGAACCGGCUGGCAUAAGAUCCAGUCCGAUCACUCCUUUGGACCUCUGUGGUCCUGCAGUGUGUGAAACGUCACAAUGGGGUGCAACAUGUGCGUGGUCCAAAAGCCAGAAGAACAAUACAGGGUCAUGUUCCAGAAGGGUCACAUAAGCGUGCCAUGCUCUUUCCAUGCUGACGGUGUCUUGAAGGUGAACAGAAAGGAGCUCACCCACCUAUCUGGGGAUCCCACCCUGGACAUACGGGACCCUCUACUCUCCAGCAUACUGAGGCGUGGAACACGCAGACGUGCAGCUCCCUCAGUGCCCCCUGCUGUGAUUGUACCGGUGACCAUGGGGAUGGCCGACUGCGUGGACAGCUGUACCCAAACGGACAUCAGCUUCCAACACAUGUUGACUCUCGGCAAGAGCAGACAGCAUCCCUGUGGAGCUCCAUCUCCACCUGACCCUCCACCGUCGCCCCCACUACCCCCACUCCUGGAGCCGUAUCUACUCAAUGAACUUUUCCUGGAGCCUGUGUACUGUGACCCUGCAGACUACUUUGAUAUCAGUCAGCAUGACGUCGACAGGCAGGACGAGCUGGAAUAUGAGGAAGUGGAGCUGUACAAGUCUCGUCAGCAGGAUAAACUCGGACUGACGGUGUGCUACAGAACAGACGAUGAGGAGGAUCUCGGGAUAUAUGUCGGCGAGGUGAACCCAAACAGUAUUGCUGCUAUGGAUGGCCGCAUCCGCAAGGGGGACAGAAUACUUCAGAUCAAUGGAGUGGACAUCCAGGACAGAGAAGAGGCGGUUGCUAUCCUUACCAGAGAGGACAGCACUAAUGUCUCCUUGCUCCUCGCACGACCCGAGAUAGAGAACGACAACCAGAUGGACCCAGAUGAAGCAGAACUGGAGCCACUGGACAACGGCGUCCAUCUGCAUGGCACCUCCGUGCCGCCCUCCCCUCUCGACGGUACCAUGGCCUGCGGGGGCCACGGCUGCUUACUGAACCGAGACUCGCCUCAUUUGCUGAGCGUCAGCCAGGAGCUGGACAGCGGAGUGGGUCGCACGGACGAAAGCACGCGCUACGAGGAGUCUUCGGAACACGACCUCCUCGGAGACGACCAAACCAGCGCGUCCAACACCAACGCCACCAACACACCCGGGAGCCUGCGCAAGUUUUCAUUCAACAGAAGCGACGCGGUGCCGUUCGCGUACUCCCAGGAUCUCCAAUUCAGCACCGACUCCCUUUUAGGGUUGGACUGUGUCAGCGGUGGGGGGUCGGAUCAGUUGGAGCCCGGCGACAGAAUGACGAUGCCUGGGUUGACGGAAGAAGAGUGCGAGCGGUACAAAGAGCUCCUGGAGGUCAAGUGUUACUACGAGAAGAACAGCAGCGUCUCGCUAGACGAGAACAGGAACGAGAGCCUGACGCAGCAGGAGAUGGCGCUCCUGGAGGAGGAGCUGCGCCACUUGGAGUUCAAGUGCCGGAACAUCCUGAGGGCGCAGAAGAUGCAGCAGCUGAGGGAGCGUUGCCUCAAGGCUUGGCCUCUGGAGGACAAAAGCGCACGCUCGGAGGAGUCGUGCCACCACACGCUGUCGGACAUCAACGAACUUCCAGAGCGGGAACGCUCCGACAAGGACAGCACAAGUGCCUACAACACCGGAGGGGAAAGCUGCAGGAGCACCCCGCUUGUCAACGAACAGCACCCUUCUCCUUCCACACCAAGCCUGGAAGGAGAACCUCUGCUCCUGUCGAGCUCCUCAAGACAAAGAGAACGAGCGAACCGCUGCUGUGAGCGAGCGGACGGCGUCCAUGCCAACCUCAACCAAGCGUCCCACUCUCACAGGAGAGCAUCCAAUCCUGGAGCUAAACUCGGCUCCUUGUCCCGCGAUGGAGGCGCUCGCAGGGGUUCGGACGGAGGAGCCAGACGUGGUUCUAAAGCCAAUGAGGGGAUCGCGAGGCCCGGAGGACGCAGUGCGGAGAACAGUCCGUACAUGUCUCGGCGUCAGAACGAAACCAAGCUGCCUCAGCGCUACCUGAGCUGCAUGCACCUGAGGUCCCCCUGUGAGGUCACCUGUGAAAAGCUCGGGGGACUCAGACAUGGAACCAGAGACGGCGCCGACGACCACCAAGGUGGAGACGUCAGCCCGAUGAGCCUGGGUAGCACCUGUAAGGAUGUCGCCCCAAUACCGUUGGGCCCUCGCAUGGAGUGGAAGGUGAAGAUCCGCAGUGACGGAUCACGCUACGUGGCAAAAAGACCCGUGAGGGACCGCCUCCUGAAGGCGCGGGCCAUUAAGAUUCGAGAGGAGCGUAGCGGCAUGACGACGGACGACGACGCGGUGAGCGAAAUGAAGAUGGGCCGCUACUGGAGCAAAGAGGAGCGCAAGCAGCAGUUGCAAAAAGCCAGGGAACAGCGGCGGCGUCGGGAGAUGAUGAUGCAGAGCCGCCUGGACUUCCUCAGGGAGCGGGAACAGGGGGGCGCCGGGGGACAGCAGGGGGCCACGCAGCAACAAGACGCCAACUCAAUCCUGGAGCUGUGCCAGCGCAGGAGCACAAAGAAGCGAAGUCGGAGGAUUUUGGACAACUGGAUCACGAUUCAGGAACUGCUGACGCACGGGAGCAGGUCUGCUGACGGGAGCAAAGUUUACAACCCACUGCUGUCUGUCACCACGGUCUGAGAUGAAGAGAAGAAGAUCUCGGUUGAUUGGAACCAGAUGGAAAAGAAGAAACAAGAGGACAAAAAUUGUCAAAAAACAUUGAAAAACUAACAUUCUGUUCAUUAGCUUAACAAAUGCUAAUGUUGGACACCUAAGAUAAUUAUUUUAAAUUUAUGAAAACAACCUGAAGGUUAUGACAAAAAUGUCAAAUUUAGAUUAGAUAUACUGUUAUUCGUCCCUCUGGGGGGUAAAUUUACAUAAAACAUGUUUCCGCCCGGUUUCGAACCGGGGACCUUUCGCGUGUUAGGCGAACGUGAUAACCACUACACUACGGAAACUGAUGAACCGUAUCGAUAGUGAAAAACGCCUUCACUUAUUCACUACGAACGACGAUGUGUGGCAGCCCGGUUUCUGCUCUGCUCGCACCCGGAAGACAGCACAUCUUGAAUGUCUAACAUUUUACAAGCUACAAAGCACACAUUUUUGUAUUUAGAUUUUUUGCACCAACUUCAUAGAAAUUAAAUGUGAAUAUCAUGGUUAACUAAUGUUAACAGGUCAAAAUUUGAUGGGUAUUAAAAAAUAAAUAAAAGAUUGGGUGUGGCAAGGCAGAAAAAAAAAUCAUUGCCACUUGCUUCGAGCUUUGAAAAUAAAGAGAACAGCGCCAUCUGGUGGCUGGUUUGGGUAGCGGAGGUAUGCUGUUUGAUUUCGGGUGAAUUUGAUCCUGAUUUUCCCGUUUUAGAUCAUCCGAUGGUGCUUUUAGGAAAUGGUAGAUUCAUGAUGGUAGUUUCAAAACCUAAACGAAGCACAAUUAUUAACAGUUCAACACUUGAUAGUGAAUUUACAAAGCACAUUUUGUCAUCUUCUGUUUACUGACUAAAUAGUCAUUCAGCUCUAGCAUUUAUUUAAAAAAUGCUAUUUAUAAUAUCAAUAUUAGGAGCUGCACGUGUAAAAAAAAAUAAAAAUAGACCUCUUGGCCUUCCAUGUGAAGACUUUUUUUUACAUGCAUGUUUCAUAUUGACUUUUCCAUGUACUUUCAGACCACUGCUUUGACAUCCUGUGUGAAUAUACUAGUAUAGACGACGGUGAUGUGAUUGUUUGUUCAAUGUUGUGUCGUGUAGUACGUGUUCCAUUUUACAGCAAAAUACUUUUUAUGAAAUAAACGCUGUU